AUGACUAGCAAGUCUAUAGUGCAGGCAUCAAGUGAACCGAAUGUUGAGCUCAAGUCAUACAUCUCAUUAGACCGUUCUUUACACGAUGCUCGUGAGAUCUAUGAGUCUUUUGCGUCUAUCGUCGAGAGCAGCAGACCGCUGCCAGCCAACUUCAGCGGGUCUCUUUUCUACUUCCAAGUGCAAAAUAGGAUUGCGAAAUUCUUCAGCAAUCCACGGCCACGUCUAGUUGAGCCUGAGGAUUAUUUUGAUACCCCUCUGGAGUGGACGGACGUUCUUCGGGAAUCUCUCGCCCCUGAAAGUUUCAAGCACGCGCGAGAUGAUCUAUACCACUGCUGUGUCCAGGGAAAAUGGAUCGAAGUUACCGAGAAUGAUCGCUCUGAAAUUCUGUGUGGCGUCCUAGAGGGGCUUAUGGAUUCUCUGACCCGCAUGUCGGAGAGUCGUCAACGUCAGAAGUUUCAGAAUCAUUUCGAUGAAACCUUCGAGUUUGUCCAAAAAUUGAACGCGGACAUGGCAAAAACCAAGCAAUUGAUCCAAGAAGCCAAUAACACGCAGAACGGAGACACCGGUGACCGUGAUUCUUAUGAUUUACUUGACUUGAAUCCACCGCCAUCAAGGGACAGACUGCGCAUAUCAGACAAAAACUUGGGCCCAACUCCGCCGAGUAUAUCCCCUCCCCUAUCCACUACUCCAGAGACUCUGCCAACUGAUGCGGGGAGGAAACCCGACACCGCUGAGAAUCAAACAAACAUAAGCGCCAGUGAUGGCAUCGUGCCUAGCGAGAGCGAAAUUUCCAACAAAAAUACAGGGAACUUCGCACGUAAUAUGGAGGCUGAUACUCUAUCUGUUGUCUGCGAAAUCCCUAGCACCAGCAACAAAGAGACUAGCCGUCAACCCCCCAGCACCGUCAAUAAGACUUUUCGUCCAAUAGUCAGCGCCAUUAGCAAGGUUGCUGUCAGUCAAACUCCUGUUGACGUCAACAAAGUGACUGGCUCUCAGACCCCUGCUGCUUUCAAUAAGCAAGCUAUCAGUCAGAGCCCCAGGGCUGUCAAUAAGUUUGCCGUCGAUCAACCCACCAACAAUGUUGUUAGUCAAGCCCUUAACACCGUCAGCAAAAUUACUGUCGGUCAGGCUCCUACUACCGCCAACAAGGCUACUGUUAAUAAACCCACUAAAAAUGCUACCAAUCACACCCCUCGCGCUGCUAAAAAGGGGGGUAUUUCCAACAACAAAGCUGCCAGUCAAACCCCCAGCACUACAAAAAGGGUUGCUGCUAUCAAACCUGCCAAAAAUGCUGUCAACAACGGUGUUGUCGGUCAACCUGCGAGUAGGACAUUGGCUCAGACUCCGCGUGUCGUACACCAGGAUUAUAUUAGUCAAGCUAUCAACAAUGCUGAAAAACAAACCCCUAGAACCGGGGCAACCUUUCAGACCUCUGGCGCUGUUGAUAAAGUGGCUGCCCCCCAACAAGCCCCUAGCACCAUUCUUGAAGAUUUCGUCAAUCAAAACUCUGAAAAUGUUCACAAAGAGGCUUCUGGUCAAACCACCAUUAUCGACAAACAGAGAGGCAACGAUGUCAUCACCAAUAAACGGACUAGCCAUGUAGCCAUUGGCACCGUUGACGGUUACUCGAUGUACACAAAUGACGUGACUACCCAAUCUACAAACAAAGACACCCCAAAUGCCGUCGAUAAGGCUGUGGUGGGGGAUGAUGAGGACGUUGAAUCCGUUGGAUCUGAUAUCCCGUACGAUGUUAACAGCCAUCUCACAUCAAAUUUAAACACCGCAGUGGCACAAUUUGAAGCGAUCAGAAGGGGCGAUGUCUCGGUUCAGCUCUCAGCACAGGCCCGCCGCGAGGCCUUGGUUGCUCGAUAUAGUCAGCCACUGCGCGGGUCUAAAUCGUACACUUCUCGGGAGAUCGAGGAAGCACCAGGGUUCAUACAACAUGUUUUAGAACAAGGAUACUCCCACCAGGAAUUGGAAGAAGGAUAUAAUUGGAUUUUCUGUCCCAAUUAUCCUCGGACAUCGGCAGGGCUUUUAAGAAAGUUUAUCGAUGGCCGUAAAAGAAAAUUGGAUCUUACAAUGUCUCAAUCUCAAGAUUCAGCCAAGAGGCUCAAGGGUCCAGACUCCGCCAAGCCACCCUCGCCUUCACCUAGUGAGUGGUCUACCCAGUGA